CCACAGAACGCAGCUGGGUCUUAAAAAAAGUAUAUAAUACGUGGAUUGUCCAAUGAUUAUUUAGUUCUGUGGCUUGAAAUAGGAGAGUCUGUUUCAUCUAACAGUUUAUUCUCAUAAGAAAUCUUGGAAUCGUGACUAUAGAUCGUACACGAGCCAGGAUGCUUAUAUUCGCUAUUUUAAUUGUGCUGCCAGCCUUAUUCGCUGGCGCGUACAUACCAGGAAACCCAUGUGGUGGAGUUGUCUGUCUUGAUAGACCGGAAGUGACAUGCCUGCCUCAGUAUAACUAUUGUAGAUGCAACGACGGCUAUGUUGGAAGUGGAAGAUUUGGAUGUGUAGACAAAGAAAAGAGCUGUAUCUGCCAUCUUUUUGGGGAUCCUUACGUCAAGGCUUUUUCCGGUAGUGUGAUGUCACAACCGCUACCAUGUCGUCAUAUCCUGGCUGAGUUUACCACCCCAUUUGGUUUACAAGUGUCUGUAAGCGCUAGUGCUAUACCUGGUGGGAAUGAUGAAGGUAGAGGCUAUCCUGGUUAUGUCUUUGAAAAUGCGUUACACAUCCUAGUAAAGAAAGGCAAUACAACUGCGCACGCAGAAAUACGUCGGGAUGGUUUUUUUAAAAAGGGUCUAUAUGUUCCGCUUCCCGCAUCCAAGAACUUCCCUGAUUUUGGUUUGUCCUGUUAUGGUGACGAUUCGCAUUACUGGACAUUCGCGAUUCCAGGAAAAGGUGUGAAUAUUAGAUACAGGAGUGCCGAUUCAUCUUUAACUAUCGAGGCACCCAAAGAUUCAGAUUUUACAGGUAAUAGGAUAUGUGGAGACUGUGGCGAUACUAGCCCAACCUACCUAAAUGCCGCAAAAGCUAACAAUUUAACUCCCGAUGAAUGGUCUUUCUUGAAGACAGUUCAAAACUUGGAUACGGAACAGGAAACCAAUGAACAGUGUGCAGCAAUUGGAAAUAAUUACAACCAAUGUCGAGACGAUUUACAAGACGAAGCUGCCGUAGUUUGUGGUCUCCCCUACAGCCAUAAAGACAUUGGAAAACGUUUUGUCCAAGCAUACGGCGCGGACACUGCAUCAGCGACACCAGCGAUAACAGGGCUCGUAGCACAGUGUAUCAAGGACUUCUGUGCGGGGAACAGGGAUACCAUCUGUAAAGUCGUCGCGGAUUUAAUUGAAGAAGACGACACUACUGACUUCUCCCGAUUCGGGUGUUCACCUACAGAAGCAGCUCAACCACCACCUCCACCACCACCACCACCACCACCACAAGUGUAAUUCGAUGAGGUAUUUUAAACAAUCAAGUGUGUGAAUAUAUAUAAAUAUCUACAAUACAA